UCAAUCUCUCAGCAACCAAAGUGGCCAGAGGCAAUGGCAACUUCACCUCUCAAACUCAUCUCCAGCUUCUUCAUCCUCAUCUCCAUCUUCAUAUCACAAGCUGUUGCACAAUCGGAUGGAUGCCAAUCCGAAAGCCAAAACAGCUGCAACAACAAGUCAGCUGCACUGCCCCUCAAACUCAUAGCCAUUGCCUCCAUCUUGGUCACAAGCAUGAUAGGCGUGUGCUUGCCUCUUUUCUCACGCUCAAUCCCAGCUUUAGCCCCUGACCGCAACCUAUUCAUCAUUGUUAAGGCCUUUGCUUCGGGGAUCAUUCUAGCAACCGGGUUCAUGCACGUGUUACCGGACUCUUUUGACAUGUUAUGGUCCCCUUGCUUGAAGGAAAAUCCAUGGCACAAGUUCCCCUUCACUGGCUUUGUGGCAAUGUUGUCUGCAAUUUUCACUCUAAUGGUUGAUUCAAUAGCCACUAGUUUAUACACUAAGAAAAAUAACACUGGUAUUAUUCCGGAAAUCGAAGUUGCAGAUAUGGCUGCAGGCAACACUGGGGGACACUUCCACGGACACCAUCACGGACCCAAGAUUGGAAUUGAAGGCUCACAAUUGCUACGUUACCGCGUUGUUGCCAUGGUGCUUGAACUGGGAAUUGUGGUUCAUUCAAUAGUGAUAGGGCUCUCAAUGGGAGCCUCAAACAACACUUGCACAAUAAAGCCUCUUGUGGCAGCCCUUUGCUUCCAUCAAAUGUUUGAAGGAAUGGGCCUUGGUGGCUGCAUCCUUCAGGCUGAGUACAAGUUUGUGAAGAAGGCUUGGAUGGUGUUCUUCUUCUCUGUGACAACCCCAUUUGGGAUUGCGCUUGGGAUAGCUUUAUCCAAAACAUAUAAAGAGAACAGCCCUACUUCAUUGAUCAGUGUAGGACUACUGAACGCCUCCUCGGCCGGACUUUUGAUCUACAUGGCUUUGGUGGAUCUUCUCUCUGCUGACUUCAUGGGUCCGAAGUUGCAAGGUAGCAUCAAGCUCCAGAUUAAGUCCUUUGUUGCAGUUCUUUUGGGUGCUGGUGGCAUGUCUGUAAUGGCAAAAUGGGCUUGAUCUUCAGCUUUGAGAUCAUGUCAUUGCAAUUUACAAAAGCGUGUACUUAUGAGUUGUUAUGUUCCUAUCCUAUCUAUAACCUCACUUGUCAAUUUCCUUCAUAUAUUUCUAAGCUUUGCCCACUAUUUGGCAUGAAGCUCUCCAGCAAGAGCACUCAUGUGUUGUCAUGUAAUCUUAUGUAUCUGAAGACAUCAAAAGUCUUU